CACCAACGGAGCAAUCGCCAUUUUGAGAGCAGUGAAUAGCUGGCACGACAAGCCUGUGGGUGAAAGCAAGCAGAAAACUAGUACAUUUAUUCAAAGAGAACCAAUCGCUCGACACCCAGUUGUCAUCCGAAAGGAAAGAGAAUCUUAUCGUAUGUCCGCUAUCCAGAACCUCCAAACUUUUGACCCCUUUGCUGAUGCAUCUAAGGGUGAUGACCGGCUCCCAGCAGGGACUGAGGACUACAUCCACAUAAGAAUCCAGCAGCGCAACGGAAGGAAGACGCUGACCACAGUCCAGGGCAUAUCCGAUGACUAUGACAAGAAGAAGCUAGUCAAGGCCUUCAAGAGGAAAUUUGCCUGCAAUGGGACUGUGAUUGAGCAUCCAGAGUAUGGUGAGGUGAUUCAACUGCAAGGCGACCAGCGUAAGAACAUUUGCCAGUUUUUGACUGAGAUUGGCUUGGCUAAAGAGGAGCAGCUCAAGGUCCACGGAUUCUAGAAGCUGCUGUGACCCUCCCCCCCGCGCUCCUCCCUCUUGCCCCACCCCGCCCCUCCUUCUCCGGGUCCUGGCUCUGAUGUUUAACCCUAUGCUGCCUCCACCGUGGCCCUGUAGCUGAUAUUGAUGAUCAUUACCUCCAAAAUGAGACUCUUAAUAACCUGUGUGGCUCCUUGGACGUGGGGGUCGGUCCAUCAAUGCACACAUGGACAGACGGCUUCACAAAUGAUACGAGACGAGUGGUGACCUUUUCUUUUUUUUUAAUUUUAAUCCCCAUCUCUUCCUCCUCCCCCUUUUUUCUAAUUUUAGUAAACUUUGUGCUGUUCUCCAGGCACGGUUUCAUGUAACCUCUCUUUGUUUUGUACAACCCGUUACAAUAAAACGUUAUGACGCCA